CAAGUAUUCGUGUGAUGAGUUUGGAACCAGCCAACAGCGCCUCUGAUAAUCUGGGAGCAGGUUUCUCAGCGUGGGAUGAUCGGUGGGCAGGGAGGGUGGAGGGGAGGCGUGUCCCGGCAGCUCCAGCAGCCUCCUCUUUCUGCUGCUGUCCCGCACAUCAGAGCUGCCUGUCCCGACGCAAGGACGCUGUUCUCCUCCUCUCUCCUCUCCGGAGCAACCGCUGUCUGCCCGGGGGAGAGGACCGGGGACCCGGCGUGCAGCCUGCAGCCAGCCCGCUGUAGGACCGGGCCACGAUGUGAUUUUACUCAGAGGUUUUUCAUUCUCCUUAAAAAACAACAACAACCAACAAACCUGAAUGAUCGGAGCUGUCAGAGUAAGAGUCAGAGAAGGAAGCGCAACAGCAACCCAGCAGCUGGAAUAAGGCCUAAAAACAACAACAAAAAACUUCUGGUUUACUUUUAAGUGGCAGCAGGGAUUCAGUGGGAAACUUUUUUUUUUUUUUUGGAGAUGGAGCCGGAGGAGGGGAAGAUCUCGGUAUGGGUCUGCCGAGAGGAGAAGCUGGUCUCCGGACUGACGAAGCGAACCACCUGUGCCGACGUCGUGCGGGUUCUGCUGGACGACCAGAACCUGCAGCAGGGCGCAGCAGCCCCGAUGCUGUCCGGCUCCCCGCAGUCCUACUGCGUGGCCGAGAAGUGGAGAGGCUUCGAGAGGAUUUUGCCCAACAAGACCAAGAUCCUGCGGCUGUGGAGCGCCUGGGGAGACGAGCAGGAGAACGUGCGCUUCGUCCUGGUGAAGAGCGAAGCUACGCUGCCCAACAACGCGCCGCGCAGCGCCGAGGCGCGCGUCGUCCAGAGCCGGGAGAGCGGCGGCCCGGGCGGCCUGCUCAAGGGCACCGCCAAGAGCUGCUGGGUAGCCGCGGCCGCCGCGGCCAACAUCUCCCAGGAGAAGCAGCGGCGGAUCAUCCGGAAGGCUUUCAGGAAGUUGGACAAAAUGAACAGAAAGAAGGAACAGACGGCUACAAAGGGGAAAAGUUCCGCGGAGAAGAUGGAGACCUUGGUCCACUUGGUGAUCUCGCAGGAUCACACCAUCCGGCAGCAGGUCCAGAGAAUCAAGGACCUGGACCGGGAGAUUGAGCGAUACGAGGCCAAGGUGCACUUCGACCGCAUCAAGACACACGGGGCGAACUACGUGCAGGACACGUACAUGGUGGACUCCUCCGCGGAGACCCCGGCUCCGUCUGCGGACGGGAAGCGCAAAGCGGAGCGCCAGGAGGUCCGCUGCGCCGCCGAGGCGCUGGCGCAGUUCGAGGAGUACGCGCGCCGCUGCGAGGAGGUGGUGCGGCUGCAGGAGGAGGUGACGGAGCGGGAGGCGCUGGUGGAGAGCAUCACCGGGGAGAUCCAGGAGGAGCUGAACCGGCGCUGGAUGAGGCGGCGGCGGCGGCGGCGGGAGGACGGGGAGGCGGAGGCGACGCAGGACACCGACAGCACCGCGGACGAGGUGAGCCUCUGUGAGGCCGCGGAGCCAGAUGUGGAGAGCCUGUCAGAGAACGAGCUCCUGCUGGAGGAGGAGAGGAUAAAAACCCAGCUGGACACCAGCCUGUACAUAGGCCUGAGACUCAAGACGGACCUGGACGCCAUCAGAGGGGACUUGGACCUGAGUCUGGCCCUCUGGGAGACCAAAGAGAGCGAACUGUUGGACCUGCUCGCCAAAGUUGAAACCAUGGAGCUGGAGCAGGGGAACGCACAACUGACUGAUGCCGGAAAGGAGGAAGAGGUGGCUGAAAGCAGCGUGGAAGCUGAUCAGGGGUCAGCAGAACAGAGCAGUGGCUGGGUAGAGCAGGCCAGAGGUCUGUCCAAAGCCUGCAGCAUCAACGACGAGGACUCGGACACGGGCCUGAGCUCCAUGCACAGCCAGGACUCUGACAACCCUCCUGUGUGUGAAUCACUGGUGUAGGCCGGCUUCGUGUCGGAGCCUCUUAGGCUUCUUUAUGCAGUUUAAUGCCACAAGCUCAGGGGCAGACAGAAAAAUCCGGGUUGGCUUCCUGAAAUCUAAAACGCACCUCCGCGUGAGGCGCUGCUAUUCCACAGCAAUAAUCUCUAUACAGUCACGGCACAAUAAGCUUAGACAGGACAGCAUGUGCAGUAGAAGCUCGGUAAGACGCGUGCUGCUCGGUAAGCUGAUCUCUGACCUCCACCGGGGGAGUCAAAAGAGCAUCUUUCAUGAGAAGAAGUAGCCUGGAGAACAUGCAGUUUAUGAUCCACAGGGCUGGAGCAGUUUGCCGAGAUAAACCUGAUCACAGUUUCACGGCCCGUCUGAUAACUUGUUCAAGUAGCAAAAACACCCGGGCUGACUGUGGAGUCGGAGCUCUCUAAGUAGGCGUAUAAUGGAAAUGAACAGCAGCUUCUAUGCAAGGGUCAAAAUCUGUUACUGUUUAUUCACGCA